ACUUAAUUAAGAAUGAAGCAGUUAAUUUUGAUUAAGACUUGUUUUAUUUUGUUUGUAGCUUGUCAAGCAAUCGAUCCGACAGUCAUUUGUCAUGGAGGAGCAGGUUCAGUUGAUGCAAGUCGAUAUGUAGGAAAGUAUAGAGGAACAGUCUUAGCUGUACAGCUUGGAUAUGAAGUCUUAAAAAAUGGAGGAAGUCCUAUGGAUGCUGUUGAAAUUGCAAUAAAAAGCAUGGAAGUUGAUGAAAACUUUAAUGCCGGCUAUGGAUCAGUAUUGACAAGUGCAGGAGAAGUAGAAAUGGAUGCAUGCAUUAUGGAUGGCUCAAAUAUGAAAGUUGGUGCAAUUACUGGAAUGCAGGAUAUAUUCCAUCCUAUUACAUUAGCGAGAAGAGUCAUGGAAAAGACAAAAUUCAAUUUUCUUGGAGCUGAAGGUGCUAUGAAUUUGGCGAAAUCUGAAGGCUUUGAAUUUCUACCUAAAGGAACUUUAGCAACACAGAGAGCAAAGGACUCGUUAGAGAGAUGGAGACAGGCUCAGAACGUAUCACUUGGUGAAAUGGUUGGAGAAGGUGGAACUGUCGGUUGUGUAGCUAUUGAUUUAAAUGGAAAUAUAGUUGCUGGUACAUCUACAGGAGGAUUGACAGGUAAAAUGCCAGGAAGAAUCGGCGAUACACCAAUCGUAGGUGCUGGGACUUAUGCUGAUAAUUAUAUGGGAGGUUUAUCAGCUACAGGAACAGGCGAAGUAAUUAUGAAGUCAGUUCUGAUCUACGACAUUUUAAAACGAGCAAACUUAACAAGCAAACUUGAUAUUCAAGUCGCAGCUCAACAAGCUUGUGAUGAAAUGUUAGAAAGAUAUGAUGACGAUGGAGGAGUCAUUGGUGUUGAUAAAAAUGGCAACAUUGCCAUAGGAUUCUCGUCUGAUCAAAUGUCUUGGGCUUAUCAGAAGAAAGACAAUGAAGUUCAUUACGGAAUCAAUCCAGGUGACGACUUUACUUACAAUAUUGAAGAAUGUAGGAACAAAAAUUGUUUUGUGUAGUUAAAAAUAAAAUCACUUGAUAAUA